GUGAUCGAUUGGCUCGAGACAACUAUGCGGAAGAUGGAUAAAAAAGCCUUCACUAGUUUUCUUGUGCUUCUCUGGCAACUAUGGGAGGCAAGGAAUUAGUUCAUGCAUCAGGGGCGAGUUUCUUUCCCUCAAGAUGUAAUGUUAAGGGCUUGAUCCUUUCCAUCAUGAGUUCUUGGUGCAUAACCUUCUUUAUGCUCCUCCAUUGUUACCUCGACGUCCGUUAAUGUUGACGCAGCAUGGAAUGUGGAGACAAGAUCUGCUACUUGCGAAGCCAUUGUUCAUGACCACGAAGGACUGGUGCUAGCUGGUUUCACCUGUUCGAUUGCUGAAGCUUUUGGCACUCCUUUAGCUGAGGCUGUCGCUUUAGCUUGUGCUGUUCAGAAGGCCAUUGAGAAGAGUUUCUACAGAAUUAUCCUAGAGUUUGAUGUUGUUAGCUUUUCUUUUGCCUAUAGAUCAAUUAAUCGUGUUGCUUAUUGUUUUGCACAUUGAUUGAUGGAUAAAAAUGUUACUUUUGAAUUUGGUUUGAAUUAUCUGGAUUUCAUCCAUCAGUAGAUGUGUUGAAUGAUAUUUCUUAGUUAUGCCCUUUGGGCCUUUUUUAUUUUAGAAAAAAAAGAGUAUCCACGUGUCGAGUUAGAUUUGCAAGAACCAUACGAUCACAUACACAGAAAAACAGUCCGAUUUGCAAAAACCCCUCGAAAGCCUAAAACCCUUCAGCCCCAAAACACAAAAACCCUCCAAUAUCUUCCACCAAAAAUGUCCGCCGCCAGGUCCGUCCUCCGUUCCGCUGCCACCCGAGCGACCGCGGCCGCGAGGCUCGCCGGUGCAACCAAGUCCAUGCCACGACCCGCUUGCUCGCCCUUUCGGAUCUCUAAGCAAAACCCGUUUCCUGCUCGCAUUUUCAGGUCACCGGUGGAGAUGAGCUGCUGUGUGGAAACGCUGCUACCUUAUCACACAGCCACUGCUUCUGCUUUGUUGACUUCCAUGCUUUCUGUUUCUCGCCGGAGAUCCAAUUGGACGGCUGAAGGGCAAAACCAGACUAGAUGAAGGGCAAGCACAGAGAGGGAGUGACUUGCAUUAGUUUUUCAUUGUUAAACUUUUUGGAACUUCUACUGUAAUUUCUCUUCAGUGCUUGAGGAGAUCAUAAUUGUGAAAUGGCAAGAGAUUGAACGCUAUGCCCUGUAAUUUCAUGGCUUUAGAAACAUCAGAUGAAAUCUUGCUAAACAUAUUUUUAAUUCAGUUAACUGAUUGAUUUUGAAUUUACUGUUAAGCUUCUGAAAA